AUGUAUCGGUUUGAAGUUAACAUACAAGACAUUAACGAUAAUACGCCAACUUUUUCAGUGACAAAAACAGAACUGAAUAUAUCGGAAUUAGCGAUUUCGGGUGAGAGGUUUCACCUACCAAGUGCCUUUGACGCAGACGUGGGGAUAAACUCUGUAAAGAGCUACAGAUUAACCCAAAAUGAAUAUUUUUCUUUAGAUGUCCAGAGCAGUGGAGAACGAAGUGUAUCUGCUGAAUUAGUGCUACAAAAAGCUAUAGACAGAGAAAAGGAGCCUGUAAUACAACUCGUACUGACCGCUGUAGACGGAGGAAAACCUCCCAGAUCUGGAACAUUACAGAUCAUGAUUAAAGUAGAGGACGUAAACGAUAAUGUACCAGUGUGUGAUAAGAGCCUUUACAAAGCCCGUGUGAUAGAAAAUUCUCCACCUGGUACACCGGUUAUUAAAGUCCAUGCUACUGAUUUAGACGAGGGUCAAAACAGCGAAAUUAUGUAUUCAUUCAUCAAUCAAAACGAUAAUACACCUAUUCAAGCAUUUUCAAUUGACCCAGAAACUGGACUAAUCACAGUGCACGGUGUUGUGGAUUUUGAGACACAGAAUGCAGUUGAAAUUCGUGUUCAGGCCAAAGAUAAAGGGCAGAAACCACGAGCCGGACUCUGUAAAGUUUUAGUAGAAAUAGUUGACGUUAACGAUAAUGUUCCUGUAAUUUCUGUCAAUUCUUUGGUAGACAUGGUAAAAGAAGAUGCUAGUGUUGGCACAAUGAAUGACAACAGGCCCGGGAUACUUGCACCCUAUUCUGAUCACGGCUCUGUUCACACCGAAAACGUUCCAUACUCUGCUGAAGCAGGCUACCUUGUGGCCAAGAUCAGAGCUGUAGAUGCGGAUUCUGGUUACAAUGCAUUGCUUUCUUAUCACAUCUCUGAACCCAAAGGAAACAACCUGUUUCGAAUUGGAACCAGCAGUGGUGAGAUCAGGACUACGAGAAGAAUGAGUGAUAAUGACCGGAAAAUUCACCCUCUUGUUAUUUUAAUUUCUGAUAACGGAGAGCCAUCGUUGUCAACCACUGUAUCUAUUGAUAUUGUGGUUCAUGAAAGCAAAAGUGACAUUCAGACUCCGUUCAAAAAUUUACUAAGCACGGAAGAGCGUUUCUCAGAUUUAAAUCUGUAUUUGCUGAUCGCCAUUGUGUCGGUUUCAGUGAUGUUUUUAUUUUGCCUUAUCAGUUUAAUAGCUGUUAAAUGCUUCAGAUUGGAUGGUAAUUUAAGCAGACGCAGCGCCCCAGUAAUCAGCACACAUCCUGAGGGGAGCUGGUCUUACUCAAAAUCUGCUCAGCAGUAUGAUGUGUGUUUUAGCUCAGACACACUGAAGAGCGACAUGGUAGUUUUUCCUGCUCCCUUUUCGUCUGUGGAUGCAGAACUGAUUAGUAUAAAUGGAGAAGACAGAACGCAAACUCUUCUUAAUAACGAGAAGGGUAGUCAGGCUUUGUUUGGAACACGCCAUUGUGCUAACAUCCCUAGCGUGGUUCUGUUAGAUUCUUUGCAGCUCCAGGAAUGGAUUUGUACAGUUUUCAUUUUUGUUUUGCUCUGUUUAUGUAAAAUGGCUACAUCGGUGGUUGCGUAUUCGAUAUUCGAGGAAGCACCUCCAGGUUCACCGGUCGGGAAUUUAGCUAAGGAAUUAAAUCUAAAUGUCCAGGACCUUGAGUCCAGAGAACUCCAAAUUGCUACCGGAGCUUAUAGCAGGUAUUUCGAUAUUAAUUUAAAGACCGGUGUUCUCAACGUAAAAGAGAGACUUAACAGAGAAGAUGUUUGUGCAUACAGCUUACAGUGCUCUAUGGCGUUAGAAGCUGUUGUUAAAUCACCACUAAAUAUUUAUAGGUUUGAGGUAAACGUUUUAGAUAUUAAUGACAAUUCGCCAGUUUUUCGACAGACAGAGUGGGUUUUAAAUAUAUCCGAGUCUGCUUUUCCAGGAGAGAGAUUUACGUUACCGACUGCGUAUGACGCGGAUGUGGGAAGUAAUUCGGUGAAAAACUAUAAGCUAAGCCCAAAUGAACACUUUUCUCUGGAUGUACACAGCGGAGAGAGAAGUGUGUCUGCUGAACUGGCACUACAAAAAGCAUUAGACAGAGAGAAACAGCCGGCAAUCGAACUCGUCCUGACUGCUAUAGACGGAGGAAACCCGCCCAGAUCUGGAACAAUUCCUAUUGUUAUAAACGUGCUGGAUGUCAAUGAUAACAUUCCGAUUUUCAGUAAGUCACUGUAUAAAGUAAGGGUUGCCGAACAUACACCAUAUGGUACGCAUUUAACGACUGUGUUUGCCAGUGACUCGGACGAAGGACCUAAUAGGGAAAUCGUGUAUGCGCUUAUUAACCUCGAAAAUGACAAAACUACCAGUUUAUUCUCAAUAAAUCCAAAAACCGGUGAAAUUACAGUGAAUGGUGACAUAGAUUAUGAACGGGAAAACGCAAUUGAACUUCGAGUACAGGCAAAAGACAAAGGUCAUAAUCCAAGAGCUGCACUGUGUAAAGUUUUAGUAGAAAUUGUUGAUAUUAACGAUAACAUGCCUGAAAUUUCAUUAACAUCUUUUGUUGACACGGUUAAAGAGGACUCACCGACUGACACAAUGGUGGGAAUGAUCACUGUCAUUGAUAAAGAUGCUGGUAAAAAUGGUCAAGUCACUUUGAAAAUCGGAGUCGCUGUCCCCUUUAAGAUCAAAAAGUUAUAUAAUAAUUAUUAUACGUUAGCAGUAAAUGAGCCUCUUGACAGAGAAAAUGUGUUUCAAUAUAAGAUUACCAUUACAGCAACAGAUGAAGGGGCACCACCACUUUCCAGCACGGCAGUAAUUACUGUACACAUUUCUGAUGUAAAUGACAAUGCACCACGCUUUCCAGAGCCUUCUAUUAAUGUUUACGUCAAUGAAAAUAGUCAGAUUGGAACUCUUAUUUAUACAGUAACUGCUGUAGAUCCUGACGUCGGCGAUAAUGCCAGAAUCUCGUAUUCAUUGCUUGAAAGUUCGAAUAUAUUUUCUGCAUCAUCUUUAAUCAAUUUACACUCAGACAGAGGAGAUAUAUACACCCUACAAUCUUUUGAUUAUGAGCAAUUGAAAACGUUUCAUUUUAAAGUCCAGGCCACAGACUUUGGCAUUCCUCCAAUGACCAGUAAUGUGACCGUGAACGUUUUUAUUCUGGAUGAGAAUGACAACAGUCCCGGGAUACUCGCACCUUAUUCUGAACACAGCUCUGUUCACACCGAAACCAUUCCCUACUCCUCUGAGGCGGGAUACUUUGUGUCCAAAAUCAGAGCUGUAGACGCUGAUUCUGGUUACAACGCACUACUUUCUUAUCACAUCUCUGAACCCAAAGGAAACAACCUGUUUCGAAUUGGAACCAGCAGUGGGGAAAUCAGGACUAAGAGAAGAAUGAGUGAUAAUGACCUGAAAACUCACCCUCUUGUUAUUUUGGUUUCUGAUAACGGAGAGCCCCCACUAUCAGCCACUGUAUCUAUUGAUGUUGUGGUUGUUGAAAGCACAGAUGACAUUAAGACUCAGUUCAAUCAUAUGCCAAAGAAGGAGGAACGUUUUUCGGAUUUGAAUCUGUAUCUGCUUAUCGCUAUUGUUUUGGUGUCAGUGAUUUUUUUACUGAGCUUCAUUAGUUUAGUAGCUGUGAAAUGCUACAGGACAGACGAACAUUUUAGCAGAUACAGCGCUCCAGUGAUCACAACACAUCCUGAUGGGAGCUGGUCUUACUCCAAAUCUACUCAGCAGUAUGACGUAUGUUUUAGCUCUGACACACUGAAGAGCGACGUAACGGUUUUCCCUGCGCCAUUUUCUUCUACUGAUGCAGAGCUGAUCAGUAUAAAUGGAGGAGACACAUUUAAUCAAAUCCAAACUCUCCCUAGCAAAGAAGAGGUAAGAUUGUACAUUUUUAGGUUUCUGGAAUGCAUUUUUUUUGGUAACUGUCUAGUGUAUGCAGGAAUGUAUGCUAGGGAGUGGCUGAAGUCCUGCAAUGGAUUGGUGCUCUCUCCAGAGUAUUAA